AUGGCGUCCACCGUCCACCUAGGAUUAUUGAAGGACUUUACAAACACGAGGUACUCGGUCAUGCUCUCCAAUGGCAAGCGCUUGGUGCUAUUCAGGCUGCCCAGGAUAGAGGGUACUACAUCUUCGAGAAAACCCAACGAGACCGAGGAUGGCUGGACCUACUAUGCCAUGGAGGCUGAAUGCCCACAUGCUGGCGGGCCCAUGAUCGAGGCACACGUGGACAUUGAGGACUCUUCAUAUGUGGCAUCCUGUCCUUGGCAUGCAUACGACUUCAACGUGGAGACUGGUGAGUCUAGCUUUGGCAUCAAGACUUGCACCUUUCCCGUCGUUAUAGAAGAUGGGAAAGUGUCGGUGCAAGUCGCCGGCUAUGGCGAACUUGGUCUUUUGCGGCUCGAUCCUGUGAGUGAAAAGGUCAAGUUCAAGCAUGGACCAAAGAAGGAGGCAUCAAAGGAGGCAGUGUCCCUUGGUGAUGACGCUACCCUUUGCGACUGGUGCGUCCACAUUCUGAAUACAGCAGAUCCUGAGCAAAAGAUUGAACUCACGACACGACUGUUUUCGUUAUUCGCCACCAAAGAGAAAACUUCCUCGCCCAUGGAACUAGGCGCCGGCACUGUCGAGACACCCGAUAAACCCCGGCGGGAUGAUUAUGGUAAACUCAAUCCCGGAGCAAUGCCCAGAGCCGGGAAAGGAGGAACACUAAAGAGCCGAAUUAUGAUGCUGCAUAACUUGGCCAAUAUUGAACAGUGGGCCAUCGACCUUGCCAUUGAUAUCUGUGUGAGAUUUGCGACAUUCCAAACAAAUUCACCUGACAAGGCACUUUCGCGGGAAUUGCCUAGAACGUUUUAUUAUGACUGGCUCAAGGUGGCCAAUGACGAAGCAAAGCAUUUUAGUCUGCUGCGAUCCAGGUUGGAAGAACUUGGCAGUCGAUUCGGCGCGUUGCCGGUACACCACGGCCUGUGGGACUCGGCAGUCAUUACAGCGCACGAUCUCCGGGCUCGGAUCAGUGUCAUUGCUCUGGUACACGAGGCCCGCGGCCUCGACGUGAACCCCAUGACCAUCGACAAGUUUCGCAAGGCCCAGGACAUGGACAGUGUGGAUACACUCGAUAUCAUCCACAACGAUGAAAUUACUCACGUCACGACCGGCCAUCGGUGGUUGACCUGGAUUUGUGAACAAGAAGCCACAGAUCCCGUAGAGGUGUUCCGAGCAAACGUUAAGAAAUACUUUGCCGGGGCAAUAAAGGGACCAUUCAACGAGGAAGCAAGGUUGCAAGCCGGUAUGGAUCCGAGAUAUUAUGAAAAUCUUGGCGGCGGCGUCGGUUCGACGGCGGAAGUCAUUGCUGGCGGUUGA